UCUCACAAUGUCGUUUAAGCUUAAAAAUCAAAGUUUGGAUAAAUGUCCAACAAAAACCAUAACUCCUCACUUUUGAUAAAACUCAAAGGACAAAAACUACUCAUAAUACUUUGACCCUACUCUUAAAGCACAAGGAGCAUUUUGUUCAUUUUCUCUAUAUUUUAUGGUCUUCAACCUUGGAGGUGCAGUUGAAUUAAAAAAAAAAAAAAAAAGAGGGAGACUAGCAUAACAAUGAGUUUUCCAACGAAGAAAGCUCAACAGCUGAAAAAGCAAUUUCACAGCACAAGAAAGGGGGAUGAUGAAACCAUUGAGUUCUAUGUGAAAAGAUUGAAAUCCAUAGCAGAUUCUGUAGCAGCAAUCGAGAGUCCAAUAUCAGAUUCGGACAUGGUGUUGCAACUUGUUGCUGCUUUGCCUAGUGAAUACGAGCCCGUCAAGAAAAUAAUAUCAUCAAAGUGGCCUCUCCCCACUUUUGAAGAGGCUUGUUCCAUGGUGUCCAUGCAGGAACGCAAAUUUUUGCAGGAUCAUCACGAGGAGCAAAAUACAACUGAUCCUCGUGUUGUUGGUGAAGAGGAGUCUUCUGCUUUUACUACCCUAGAGAAGGUGGGUACUGUAGUGGGUGCAGUGGGUAUUAUAGUGGGUGCAGUGAGUACUGUAGUGGGUGCAGUUACUGCAGUGGGUGCAUUACCUACUGUAGCUGGUGCAGUGGGUGCAUCGAGGAUGAUUGUAGGUGGUGCAGUGUGUGCAAUGGGUGCAGUGGCUAGCUGGAGUGUUUGGCAGUCGCAAAAAAAAAAUUACGGAUAUGAAUAGAGCUAGAGCCCGUUUGGAUUGGCUUAUAAGUUGUUUAUAAGUUGCUUAUAAGCUGUUUUCAGCUUUUUUUGAGUGUUUGGCUGGCCAGCUUAAAGUCAUUUUGUACUUCAAAUAAGCUCAAAAAAAUAAUUGGACCCAUUUGACUUAGCUUAUCUAAAGCAGCUUAUAAGCUGAAAACAGCUUAUAAGCCAAAAAAAAAAAGUUAGACUAUCCCAACUUAUUUUUUUUAGCUUAUAAGCUGUUUGCAGCUUAUAGACAUAAGCCCAUCCAAACAGGCUCCUAGUCUUAUUGUGUUUGUAUUUGUUGUUUAAUUAAGUAACAAUUGGGUCUAACUGAUCUUCAUCUUCAAAACCUUGAAUUGUUACUCCUAUUUAAAGUUUGUCUUUGAGAUGUAUAAUAUGCAAAAUGAUGUGAAGUUGAAGUUGUAUUACAAUAUUUUCAUUUUCCUUUCGGGGCA